GAACUGAGCAUCUUUGACGUGGUGAGGGCGGGUGAGCUGGCAGCCAAGCACUCCAUCCAGGUCAAGUUCCAGGAUAUUGACCGCAUCGAUAUUGUGGGCAAUGAAGUCACCCUGAUCUUGAGCAAGGCUCCGACUUGUUAUGUGAAGCCAGAAGGUGAGAUGGCCAUCGUGAACAUGGAGGUCGCCAAGGACAUCACAGGAGGCGCCAAGAGCCUCAAGUUUACCACGGGCACCUCCGGCCAGGAAUCUUUUCUCCGCAUGAAGGGAAAGAAUACGGAGACCGUAAGCUUCCCGGAGGUGCGAAGGCUGGUCUCCCAGUGCUCCCCUCGCAUGGACGCUCUCUUCCGAGGGCUUCCACCUCCCAGGCCUGUGGCGGCACCUUCACGCAAGCGCAAGACCUCCGACGCCGCCGUCGCCGAGAAGAAGCCUCGCAUCGCACCAGCUCAGCUGCAAGAAGAGAUUGCAGCGGCCGAAGGGACCUGGCUGAAGCGAGCCGUGGACCGCUUCCAGCUCAAAGGCAUCGUCGGUACUGCCUCCGAGGCACAUUGGAAGACAUACUUUGGAGAGCGUGUGCUCCUAGAAAUGAAAAGACAGGCAUCCGUCACUGCAGAUGAGGACUCCUCGGACGAGGCACAGGACGAGGAUGCUGUUUCAUGGCCCGAGUGUCUCGGUGCGCAGCCCGAAAUCCACAGCUUUGACUUCGAGUCUUAUCGUGAUGGGGAGGAGAAGGAAUUUGCCCAAGAAGUCCUGGCAGGGAUCCAAUCUUCAGUGGAAGCCACGAUCAAGUCCAGCGCGCUGCAGCUACAUGCGUCAGCCUUUGCCGGGGGUGUCUUCUUACUCUCCUACCACCUCAACAUGGACGAUGACGAUCCGAGGACUGUAGACGCCCAUGCACGCAUCUAUGCACCCAACGCAUCUGGCAACUUCUUGGAUCUGCGGUACCACAACCACCACCGAGUGCGCAUGAGCUUCACAGAGCGCAACUGGGAAGGCGAAAAGAUCUUCGACUUGGACUUCAACGAGUAUCA